CCUGGAACGGAUUUUACCGCAUUAGAAAUCAAAACGUGAUCAGAACGGGAUCAGAACGGCAGUUUACCGCACUGGGAUUCCUUUUUCUUGAAACCGUUCUGAGAACGGUUUGCUAUAGCGCAUGCGUAUUAGAUCUUGUGGGCGGUUUACCAAUGACGUCGCCACUCUGUGGUUGUUUUGACCCGGAAGUCGUCCGAUGACUUCCUUGUGGGGUGUAAAGAUGGCGUCGGAGAAAGCAUUUUUUGAUCUUGUGAGCAUGGUAGAGAAAGAAGAAGAGCGAAGAAGGAGAAGAAUGAGUCGCAUUGCCAAAUCGCUUGUCCUCAUUUCGCGCCGGAGGGCUGCUUUGAGUAAGAUUGCAGUUAUGGCUGCCAGCGGCAAUCUAGAUAUAUCCAGUUGUCUGGCAUGGAUGGCGACCUGGCCUCGCAUCCCACGUUGGUGGCAACAACCCCGGGAGCAGACCAACUGGUGGAGUGACGAAGUCCUCCAGCGAUGGGAUAACGACAUGUGGGUUUCUAACUUCCGCAUGUCUAAAGAAACCCUUUUUGAUCUGGCUAACAUCUUAAGACCAGAGCUGGAGCGUGGGGAGUCUAGAUUCCGGAGUCCUAUCCCGGUGGAGAAGAGAGUGGCCCUAACUAUUUGGUGGCUCUCAAGCCCUCUGAUGUAUAGGAAGGCGGCUUCCCGUUUUGAGGUUGGAAUAUCCACAGCUGCAGAAAUUGCCAUCGAGGUGUGCCUUGCUAUGGAGAAGCUGCUGCUGAGGAAAACUAUCCAGCUUGGAAACUACCACACGAUUAUGGAUGGAUUUCAGAGACUUGGAUUCCCACACUGCAUAGGAGCUAUUGAUGGCACUCAUAUCUCUGUUUGCCCACCGCUGGGACGCAGAGAGGAAUACAUCAACCGCAAGCAGGGAUUUUCAAUUGUUCUGCAAGCAACUACAGACCACAGUGGAAGGCUAAUCGACAUAGAAGUAGGGAAUUGUGGGAGGUCGCACGAUAGCCACAUCUUUAAAAAAUUCCGCUAUCUGUGA